GGUAUAACUGUGCUUUUGGCGCUGUCGGUUUUCAUGAGUAUAGUAAGCAGUAUGCUGCCGAGGUCGUCGGUGACCCUGCCCAAGGUCACCAUCUACCUCUUCGUCUUAUUCAUCCUGUCGAUGCUGACAGUGAUCGACAGCAUCGUCAUUGUUUACCUGUCCCACCUGGAGGAGGUGGGUGGCAAAGAAAUAAUUCCACGGUUGCGUUAAGACUCAACAUAAAUAUUAUUAACAAACCCUAGAUACCUGAAUGUUAUGACUGAACCUAUGAUAGCAUGGGCUGAAGUGAGCAUUUUAUUUUAAAAAGGGAAAUGGCUUUAACUAUAGGUCUUUACACAUUUUCGAAGACACUUCUAUGAUCUAUGGUGGCUCAAAGGUGAAGCUUUCACUUCUGUAACAAAGGGCUGGCAACACUACUGUUACAUAUUAGUAUACAUAUAUAUUAGUACAUAAUAUAAUUAUGUUGAUCACAGAUGCGAAUCUUCCUUAGUGUAGAGAUGAUCUGGUACCCACGGGUCAAACUGAUUUAUAAUAGAAAAUGAAUGCUUAAAGCAUUUGGGUAAUAAUUAUAAGGAAUAUUAAGUGGUUCAUUAAAAGAUCCCUUUAAAUUUGUACGGCACGGUCAGAAUUUUUACCGCCAUUUGUGAUUACUAGAUUACUUAAGCAUUUACACGACUGACCAAAUCUAUUUUUUUUUAAUAGUUGGGGUAUCCCAAAGAUUUCAACCAGUUUUUGUGAUAUUUCAGAAAGAAGAGCAGCACAUGAAGGCGACGUCGAACUUCAGGAGUGCACUCAAGACGGUAACCAAUCUACGGAGAGCUGUUUCGCCAAUGCCGAAGGAUUCAGCCAAUGAAAUGAAUGGAUUCAACAAGACCUCGCGCAUGCGUCUAGAAUCGCUGGGAUCUGCCCUUGAAGAAGGUGAUUUGCCUCGACAUUCUUCACCAAUCGGCAGCGGGGAGGGUGAAACGACGAAAAUGAAGAAAACAAAGGUCAACAAGUACAAGGUGAUCGGGAAACAUAUUGACCUCAUUUCUUUUGUUGUGUUUUUCAUCAUUUGGGUUGUGUUAACUCUAGCGUUUCUGUUGAAUAUUGCCCUAACACUUUGA